AUGAAGGACAACACCUAUGGUGCUUUUAAUAUAAAGGACAACACCCCUGGUGCUUCUAAUAUAAAGGACAGCACGUCUGGUGUUGCUAAUAUGAAGAACAACACCCCUGGUGUUGCUAAUAUAACGGACAUCAUCGCUGAUGUUGAUAUUAUGAAAAACAACACCCCUGGUGUUGCUAAUAUAAAGGAAAACACCCCUGAUGCUCCUUGUGAUAAGGACAACACCCCUGGUGCUUCUAAUGUGCAGGACAAUACCCUUGGAGCUGCUAAUAAGGACAGCACCCCUUGUACUUAUAAUGUGCAGGACAACACCCCUGGUGCUUCUAAUAUGAAGGAUAACACCCCUGGUGUUUCUAAUAUAAAGGACAGCAACCCUGGUACUUAUAAUGUGCAGGACAACACCCCUGGUGCAUGUAAUAUAAAGGACAACACCCCUGGUGUUUGCAAUAUAAAGGACAACACCCGUGGUGCUUCUAAUAUAAAGGACAACACCACUGGUGCUUCUAAUAUAAACGACAACACCGCUGGUGUUGCUAAUAUAAAGGACAACACACCUUGUGCUUCUAAUGACAACACCACUGGUCUUUCUAAUGUGCAGGACAACGACCCUGGUACUUAUGAUGUGAAGGACAACACCCAAGAUGCUUCAAAUGUUAUGGACAACACCCUGGUGCUUCUAAUGUGCAGGACAACCCCCUCUGGUCUUUCUAGUGUGCAGGACAACACCCCUGGUACUUAUAAUGUGCAGGACAAUACCCCUGGUGCUUGGCAACACCCUGGUGCUUAUAAUAUAAAGAACACCAUCCCUGGUGCUUCUAAUGUGCAGGACAGCAUCCCUGGUCUUUCUAAUGUGCAGGACAACACCCCUGGUACUUAUAAUGUGAAGGACAACACCCAUAAUGCCUCUAAUAUAAGGGAUAACACCCCUGUUGUUGCUAACAUGGAGAACAACACCCGUGAUGUUUCUCAUAUGAAGGACAACAUCCUUAGGGCCUCUAAUAUAAAGGAAAACACCCUUGUUGUUGCUAAUAUGGAGGACAACACUCCUGUUGUUGCUAAUAUGAAGGAGAACACCCUUGAUGUUUUUCAUAUGAAGGACAACAUCCCUGCGGCUUCUUAUAUAAAGGAGGACACCCCUGGUGCUUGUAAUGUGAAGGCCAACACCCCUGGUACUUAUAAUGUGCAAGACAACACCAAUGGUGCUUUUAAUAUAAAGGACAAAACCCCAUGUGUUGCUAAUUUUAAGGACAAUAUGUCUGGUGCUUGUAAUGUGAGAGACAACACCCCUGGUACUUAUAAUGAGCAAGUCAACACUCAUGGUGCUUCUAAUAUAGAGGAGAACACCCCUGGUGCUUGUAAUGUGAGGGACAACACACUUGGUACUUAUAAUGUGCAAGACAACACCCCUGGUGCUUGUAAUGUGAAGGACAACACCCCUGGUACUUAUAAUGUUCAAGACAACACCCAUGGUGCUUCUAAUAUAAAGGACAACACCCUUGGUGUUGCUAAUUUAAAGGACAACACCCUUGGUGUUGCUAAUUUAAAGGACAACACCCCUGGUACUUAUAAUGUGCAAGACAACACCCAUGGUGCUCCUAAUUUAAAGGCCAACCCCCAUGACAACACCCAUGGUGUUGCAAAUUUAAAGGACAACGUCCAAGGUGCUUCUAAUUUAAAGGACAACACCCAUGGUGCUUUUAAUAUAAAGAGCAACACCCCUGCUACUUAUAAUAUGCAGGACAACACCCCUGGUGCUUCUAAUGUGAAGGACAACACCCCCGGUACUUCAAAUGUGAACAACACCCCUGGUACUUCUAAUAUAAAGAACAACACCCCUGGUGCUUCUAAUAUAAAAGACAAAACCCCUGGUGCUUCUAAUGUAAAAAACCCCAUCCCUGGUGUUGCUAAUUUAAAGGACAACACCCCUGAUGCUUCUAAUGUGCAGGACAACAGCCCUGCUAACAUAAACGACAACACCCCUGGUGCUUCUAAUAUAAAGGACAACACCCCUGGUACUUAUAAUGUGCAGGACAUCACCCCAGGUGCUUCUAAUAUAAAGGACAACACCCCUGGUGCUUCUAAUGUGAGGGACAACACCCCUGGUACUUAUAAUGUGCAGGACAUCACCCCUGGUGCUUCCAAUAUAAAGGAUAACACCCCUGGUGCUUCUAAUAUAAAGGAUAACACCCCUGGUGCUUCUAAUAUAAAGGAUAAUACACCUGGUGCUUCUAAUAUAAAGGAUAACACCCCUGGUGCUUCUAAUAUAAAGGAUAACACCCCUGGUGCUUCUAAUAUAAAGGAUAACACCCCUGGUGCUUCUAAUAUAAAGGAUAACACCCCUGGUGCUUCUAAUAUAAGGGAUAACACCCCUGGUGCUUCUAAUAUAAAGGAUAACACCCCUGGUGCUUCUAUUGUGAGGGACAACACCCCUGGUACUUAUAAUGUGCAGGAGAUCACCCCUGGUGCUUCUAAUAUAAAGGACAACACCCCUGCUGCUUCUAAUAUAAAGGACAACACCCCUGUUGCUGAUAAUAUAAAGGCCAACACCCCUGGUGUUUCUAAUAUAAAAGACAACACCUCUGGUGCUUUUAAUAUAAGGGACAACACCCCUGUUGCUACUAAUAUAAAGAACAACACCCCUAGUGUUGCUAAUAUAAAGGACAACACCCCAUGGUGCUUCUAA